GAAAAAAUCUGUAAAUUCACUGAACCUUCCUCUCUUUCCUGUUUCUUCUCUGAUUCUACAGUCCAACAGCAAAUAUUUAUUUAUUUUUAUUUGCUACUUGUGUUCUUCAUUUUUAUAUCCUUUACCAGUUUAUCAUAUCAAACCACACCCACUUUCUUUCUUCUUCUGUACUUUCCUUACAAAGAGAGGUUUCUCUAGCCCAGUAUUAAGUUUCGACCUUUAAACCUUCAUCAUCAUCUUCUUCUCGCUGAAGUAGUCUGGCUAGUUCCACCAUUGGAGUUAUUCAAGAAGGCUACAUUGUAAACAUUUUUAGAUGAUCCGUGAAAUCCCCAAUCUACAAAACGACACCGUAAGCAUUCAAGACCAUACUCGGAGCCACAUCAAGAACAGAAACACCAUGGACAUGAGAAGAGAUAACCGAAAAGACAUGACCUUUCGUGGACCAACUCAAGCUCCUCAGAUGAUGAGUAAGCAAGAAUAUUUUCAGACAUUGUCGUCUCAGAACGGUACGAGGAGACUAAUAACUAAAUCGAGUUACUUCAGUUUGGAGUCAAUGGUUGUCCUUGUUGGUCUCACAGCAUCGCUCUUGUUCCUUCCGUUGAUUCUUCCACCGUUGCCUCCUCCUCCUUCCAUGCUGCUUCUGAUUCCUAUUGUGAUUAUGUGUGAAGAAGAAGCGUUGACCAAGAAAAGAGGAAGGUGAAACUGCAAUACCGCCAUGAGCUUGUGACUUAUGUAUACUUAUUUCUGCGUCCACUCUCUAUUCAGUGAGUGGCAUGUAAGCCAUUGCAACCGUCAAUGGAGCUGGGAGAUUCUAUAAACAUAUAGCAGACUGGCCAAUCUUCAAACUGGUUAACGAUUAAAUGAAAUACUUUUAAAAGUUAAAAGUUCUAUUUAUAUAUUUAGACGUUUCUUUUGAAAUUAUAAACUCUAAAUUUAGCAGAAUAUCUAAAAAUUAAAGUGUUUUGUACUAUAAUUUAGUACUAGAUUUUGACCCGCGCUUCGAAAGCGCGGGUAUUAUUUUUCAGUUUUAUGAAAUAUAUUAUUUGUUUGUAGUUAUUGAAUGUAUUUAUCAUAGUGAAAUUUUCUUUAUAAUAAAUUCGACACAUAGAGUGUCUCUGGUAAACUA